AUGGCGUCCCUCCUCCGCUGGGCGACCCUCGCCCUCGCGCUGACGCCCUCGACGGCCCUCCUCGCCGCCCGCGACGAUGGCACUGCCAAACCGUGGGAACUGUACAUCCAAUCCCCAACCUCGCGCACCAUCUCGCCCAAGAGCAUCUACGCCAUCAAAGGCGAUGCGCUUGUCACGCUCUCGUCGGCAGGAGAGGGUGACGAGGAGGAAGCCACGGAACCAAGCUACAUUUUGACCAUGAACCCCGGCGCCCAGAUCACGCUCGACUUUGGUUACGUGGGCGGCCUCCUAUCGCUGAAGGCUGACACAAAGGCGACGACGCAGCAGUUCUCGCUCGCCUUCGCCGAGUCGCCGGCCUUUGUGCGCGCCAUCUCCGACGACACGGGCGCCGUGCACACCCAGGACUACGACAAGCAGCUCAACGUCACCGUCGCCGCGGGCACCACGGCCUACAAGAUGCCCACCGAGCGCUUCCGUGGCGGCUUCAAGUACGUCACCAUCGUCGCCUACGAGGCCGUCACCAUCUCCGAUAUUGUCUGCCACCUUGGCUACUCGCCAUCGCAGCAGGACCCGAGCAAGUACGACGGGUACUUUUGGGCGCCGCAGGACGACACCCUAGUGCGCGCGUGGUACGCCGGCGUCUUCACGGCGCAGACGAACAUUGGGCCGCCCUUCACGUCGCGCUUCCUGCCGCAGGUUAAGGACGGGUGGGCGUACAACGCCUCGCUCGGCGUCGAGGGGCCCAUGAUGCUCGAUGGUGCCAAGCGCGAUCGCGCCGUGUGGCCGGGCGACCUCGGCGUUGCCGGCACGACGGCGUACCUCGGUCUCGGCGCCGCGGGCCUCGAGAGCAUCUACUAUGCCAUUGAGACCAUGUUCUUCUACCAGAAUAAGACAACGGGCCAGACGCCGUUUGCGGGACCGACGACGGGCUCGUGGCGGAACGGGGCGCUGAGUGACACAUACCACGCGUGGACCAUGAUCGCCUGCUACAACUAUGCCAUCUUCACAGGCGACGCCGAGUGGGUCGACAGGUCAUGGGGCAACAUGACGGCGGGACUCGAGUACAUCUACCGAGCCGUGGACAACAAAGUCGGCUUGGCGAACCAAGCUUUCCCAAACGACUGGGCGCGUCUUGGGGGCGGAGGCUACAACUCGGCCCUCAACGCCCUCGACUACCACGCCCUGUUCGCGCUGGCCUCUCUUGCGGCCGACACAGCGACCAAGGACAACGGCCGCGCCGAGCAGGCGAAGAAAUGGGCGACGGCGGCGGCCAAGCUGAAGGAAGCCUUCAACGAGGUGCUGUGGGACGACGAGCAGUCCCUGUACCGCGACAACGAGACGGACCGCGGCGCCCUGCUCUUUCCACAGGACGGCAACGCGCUUGCUGUCUACUACAACCUCACAGUAUCCUCGUCCCAGCAGGCGGCCAUCUCGAAUGCUCUAGCAAAGAGAUGGAACGCCAUUGGGCCGCUAACGCCGGAGCUGCCGGAUACCAUCUCGUCGUUCAUCUCCUCGAUCGAGGUGCUGGCGCACUUUACAGCUGGUAAAGCGGCGACGGGCCUCAAGCUGGUCCGACGCAUGUGGGGAUACAUGCUGGACUCGCCGCUCAUGACGGGGACCACGUUGAUCGAGGGCAUGUCGGCCAACGGGUCUCUCUACUACCGAUCGCAGCGCAGCUAUCGAUACGACGCGGCGUACACAUCUCUCAGUCACUCGUGGUCGACGGGACCGACGCAGGCGCUAAGCUUCAAGGCUGUGGGACUCGAGGUGGUCAGCUGGGGGCGAUGGGUGUUCAAGCCGCUGCCAGGCGAUCUGACAAGCCUCCGCAGUGGGUGGACGAGUCCCCUGGGCGACUGGGAAGCUAUCAUUGAAAUCGAGGGUGAGGGUGGUGGCAGGAAGGUGGCCAUUGAGCUUGUGACCCCAGAGAAGACUCGGGGUGAGAUUGUGCUGCCGUGGCAUUGCGUCAAGGUGACGGUCGACGGAGAGACGUACGAUGGAAGUGAGGUGGAGGGCGGAGGUCGGAAGGUGAUCCGAGGCAAAGGUUGCCGACUGUCGACAUGUUGA